AUGACUUGUCUUGAGGUGAGGAUGAUCCAGAGGUUGGACAACACCUGCAACUCACAACCAUCUCACGCCACAACGCGAUGCGCCGAGGCAUACGGCAGCAGAUCCAGGGUUGGUUUCUCGCCCAAGAAGGAAAAAGGCAAGAUCAGGCUGCCGCACCUGCAAGUCAAAUGCGAUGAAGGUCGGCCCGCAUGCCACCGCUGUGUCUCAACCGGCCGUACGUGUGAUGGUUACGGUAUAUGGGGCGGAGGGGACAAUAGGCAUCCCCAAGUCUCCGCUACUGGCCAAAACAAUAUCCCCGUCUCGCGAGUACUAGCUGCUAUCUCUCCCCGCGUUUUGGACGCUGCCGAGAGAGACUGCUUCGAGUGGUUUACGCUUAUUUCGGCAAAGAAGCUCCGAGGUCUUUUCGGCUCAGCUUUCUGGGAUACAUUAGUGCUUCAAGCAAGCUUUAAUGAGCCGGCUGUGCUGCACGCGGUCCUUGCCCUCGGCUCCGUGCAAAGACAAGAGAUGGUGGAAGCCCGGGAUGCAACAAGCGGACUCAGAAUCCCCGACGGCGAGGAGCAGUUCAUGCUUCGCCAAUACAGCAAAGCCAUCAGCCACUUGGUCCCGGAAUCACAGGCCAAGGUCCAGCCAUCUGUUGACGCGGUCCUGUUAACUUGCCUCCUUUUUAUCUUUCUCGAAUUCAUCCGAGGCCAUUACAAGACUGCCCAAACUCAUCUAAGGAAUGGACUGAAGCUUAUUUAUGAGACUGGUUCCUGCCCAAAUGCGGCCAGUAAAGCCGGUGUCAUCGUUAAAUCAUCCGGUCACCAGAUCGACAAGGGCAUACUGGAGGCCUUUUCAAGAAUACAAGUGCAAGUCGGGCUUCUAAGACAGGUCAACCAGGAUCCGCUCACGAAUCUUCUAGUCGAACCGAGGCCCAUAAUUGGCACCUUCAAAUCGAUUGAACAGGCCAGAGACUGUCUUGAUCCACUCAUCAAGGAAGCGCUCGAGUUAAAUGAACUUUGUCGUCGAAAUGGAGAUGAUAAAUCCGAGGAUUGCCAUCUCGCACUGCUCUCCCGGCAACAGCGUGUUCGCACCGGGCCUGAGGCUUGGUCUAAUACGUACUCUUUAUCAACAGUCGCCAUCGACACCACCAUGCCUUUUAUAGAUAGCUUUGGCUAUAGGCUGCUACGAGUUUACUACACUAUGACACGGAUAAUGAUGGAAUCGGCGGUUGAUCCAAGGUCGGAGACCGUGUUCGAUAACUACACCGAUGAAUUCGCCUCUAUUAUAACUCAGGCUGAUGGUUUACGUCGAUCUAUCUUGUCGAAUCCCGAUCUUGGGGAUCUACCACCUCAUCGACCAGACAUGCCCCAGUCCAUAGCGGAUAUGGGGUGGCUUCCACCGCUCUACUACACAGCACUGAAGUGUCGAGUUCAUCGGCUCAGAGUACAUGCAAUUGAACUACUCAGAUCAAUGCCACAUCGGGAGGGUAUCUGGGAUGCCAAUAUAGCAGCACUUAUUGCUCAAAAUGUAAUGGUGAUUGAAGAGGGCUGCUCACAUAACCUAUUUCCAUUGCAGGACCAUUCUGAUAUCACCAAGGUUUCAAAUGGAUGCAGUGGCCCUGUACCACUGACACCGGAGUCCUUUAGGAUUCGAGAUAUCGAGAUAGAGCUUCCAAACAACCCCUUGGGAAACAUUGGUUUAAAGUAUCGGAAAAGGCGGGACAGCGGAGGUUGGGAAAUAAUUGAGAGGCAGGUUCCUAUUUCGGUACCGAUCUAG